ACUUGUUACCUUUUAGCAGUCCAACUUUGAUAAUGCUAAAGGAAACAUCCGUUAUUUCUGAAAAUUAAAGGCCACGUCGUAUUGGUCAACUGGCAAUAUUGCUCGUAAAUUGUCCGCUUGUUUCCCCUUCUCUUCUUUGCUGUUCUUUCUUCUGUGGUUCUCUUCCGAGUUCCAUCAUCAGAAAAUAUCUAAACAUACAGACACAUACGGAUAAUAUGCAUAUCUGUACAUAUAUAGAUACUUAUAUUUGUGCUCUAACAUUUCUGCAGAUUUGCUAGAAGUUGAAGUAUUGGUCGACUUAAAGCUUUUUCAUGUUUUUGCUUUGAAUGGAACGAGUGCAGUUGCUUAGGAACUUGAGGUAACAUUAUCUGGGAAGGAAUUGAGUCAAAUCAUGGUUAUUGACAUAACAACAGAAUUAGACUGGAAGAUGAUAUCCGAUUAAGCCACCUUGCCCUGUCCGUAAGGGAAUGAAAAAGUCAAGUUCGUUGUCUAUCAGGUUGAAGUCGGGCGAAAGAAGAAGAGAAGAAGAAGAAAGGGGUCCUAAAUAGCUCCUUUGCCCUAGAGAGACAGCACAGGGAACAGAGAGCACAGUUAAUGGAGAAGUACAGGGAUAUCUUUAGCUUAUCAUUUCCUGUGCUUUUUAACAUCCUCUUCAUUUUACCGGCAUGUUGUGCAUCAAAUGACACCAUAACUCCAUCCCAACCACUCAAGGUUGGACAAACUCUAAUCUCUGCUGGGCAAAUCUUUGAACUAGGAUUCUUCAGUCCAGAUAAUUCAAGUGGAUUGUAUGUUGGAAUCUGGUACAAGAUUGGUCCUGAUCGUAGAAUUGUUUGGGUUGCAAACAGAGGAAACGCACUCUUAGCUAGUGACUUGGCUUCAAGGCUGAUAAUCAGCAGUGAUGGGAAUCUAAAGGUUGAAGAUGGAAAGCAAAACAGUGUCUGGUCAACAAAUGUUUCUGUCCCAUCAAAUGGCUCUAUAGCGGUGCUUCAAGAUGAUGGGGACUUCAUCCUUAAAGAUAACCUUUUAGGGGCGACUCUAUGGGAAAGCUUUUCUGAUCCCUCUGAUACACUUAUAGCAACCAUGCCACUUGGAUGUUGCAGCAGGAGUGGACAGAAAUUGUUCUUGACAGCUUGGCAAAGUGAGAACGAUCCAGCACCUGGAAAGUUUGUUGUUGGACUUUCAGAUGACAAACCAGCACAGCUUUUCACAUGGAAUGGUACAAAACCAUACUGGAGAUCAGGUCCAUGGGAUGGAUGGAAGUUCAUUGGUGCAGUAGUUAAGGAUUAUGGGUAUGGAAAUGAAGUAAGUCUGACUCAAAACAAUCAGAGGGGAACACCAUCUCUGACUUUCAACCUUUUCAACAAGCCAUACAUUUCAAAUUUGGUUAUUUCACCAAUAGGUGUGAUGGAGGUACUGCAUAAGGAAGGACAAAAUGAACCAUGGAAGGUGCAAUGGGCAUCAAUUCAAACUCCAUGCGAUGUAUAUGGAGCUUGUGGACCCUUCAGUGCUUGUAGCAGCAGUGGAUCUCCAACUUGUGAGUGCCUAAAAGGGUUCUUUCCGUUGUCAAAUGAGGAAUGGAGUAAGGGAAAUUGGACAAGUGGAUGUUUGCGGCGUACAGAGUUGAUGUGCAGUACGAACAGUAGCAACUUAACAUCUAAAGCAUCUAAACCGGAUGGCUUCUGGAGGCUCAUUCAGAUGAAAUUACCAGAUCAUCAUCUGUUUCUUUACAAUGAAGAUGCCCAAGGGUGUAGCCAAUGGUGCCUGAGUAACUGCUCUUGUUUGGCAUAUGCAUAUCCAGAUGGAAUCGGGUGUGUCGUUUGGGUAACAGAUCUUGUGGACAUUCGGCAAUUGUCGUACGGUGGAGAGGAUCUAUAUCUUCGGGUCGCUAAUUCAGAGCUAGGAGUAAAAAGAAGAUAUACCAAGGUCAUCAUCAGCUGCGUAGCUAUAGCAAUCGGCUUCCUCUUGGUCGUGUCAAUAUGUUGUGUUCAAAGAUGGAAUGCAAAGAGAAGAGCAGUUAUGCAUACAGACACACAUCUCAAUGAACAAAAUUCAGAGACAAGAAAUUGGUGCACGAUAAAGGGCUUCAGAAAAAACUGCAGAGUGGUCGGUCUCCUUCUGUCCGGGAAUAGGGGUACUUUGAGAGAGACUACACGAGAGGGUAUCAAGGAAGGACCUGCCUCAGCCAGGGGGUCCUCGUUGGAGCUUUCGAUGAUCGAUAUUAAUGUGAUAAAAAUAGCUACCAACAACUUCAGUGAAGCUAAGAAGUUAGGUGAAGGAGGAUUUGGCGCAGUUUACAAGGGGAAAUUAGAAGAUGGACAGCAAAUAGCUGUGAAAAGGCUUUCAAGUCACGCAGGGCAAGGCAUGGAGGAGUUCAAGAAUGAGGUCAUACUGGUAUCUAAACUUCAGCACAGGAACCUUGUAAGGCUGCUCGGUUGCUGCAUUCAAGGAGAAGAAAAGAUAGUAAUUCUUGAAUACCUGAAAAAUAGAAGCUUGGACACAUUCCUCUUCGAUCGAACGAGAAGGUUGGAGCUAGACUGGGGGAAACGGUUCCACAUAAUUCAGGGCAUUGCCAGAGGGCUUCUAUACCUCCAUAGAGAUUCUUGUUUGAGAAUCAUUCACAGAGAUUUGAAGGCCAGCAACAUUCUCUUGGACGAUGACAUGAACCCCAAAAUCUCAGACUUUGGGCUGGCACGACCUUUCCGAGUUACACAAGAACAAGCUAAUACCCGCAGAGUGGUGGGAACAAUGGGCUAUAUGUCUCCCGAAUAUGCCUUGGGAGGCCUCUUUUCAGAAAAAUCUGACGUUUAUAGCUUUGGAGUUUUGUUACUAGAGAUUGUCAGCAGCAAGAAGAAUACGGGGCUUGGUUUUCACGAAAAAUACCUGAACCUUCUUGGUUAUGCGUGGCAAUUGUGGAAUGAAUGUAAAGCUGCAGAAUUGCUGGAUCAAUCACUUGCUGAUUCUUGCGCCCCAUCAGAAGUAAUGAGAUGCAUUCAAAUUGGACUUCUUUGUGCUCAAGACCAUGCUAAAGAUCGGCCUACAAUGUCGAAUGUGGUUCUCAUGCUAAGCAGUUCAGAGAGCGAAAUGGGACUUCCUCAACCAAGACAACCAAAGUUUACGUUUCAGAGCUUGCUAGAAUAUAAUCAUUUUCAAGCAGGAGUUUCAGCAUUCAAUGGCUCCAUAAAUGAUGUUACUAUUUCAGUGGUUGAAGGUCGAUGAGUUGUCAACACAAGAUAAAACGCGGAUAGGACAAGUGAAUUUAGCUCGUACUAAAACCAUUGUAUAAAUAAACGUAAUUAAGGUUCAGAUUUCGGAUUAACUCUUAUGUAGUGAAUCGCUACCAUAUUUUAACAUCAUACAAUCCACUCAAGAUUGGUGGUCUA